UCUAUCUCCUUCACCAUGGAAAGUGUUGUGCAGAGCUUGGUAUCACCUCCUGACCACCGGCUCCGAUCACAAUACUUCCCACCAAUGAGAACUACAACAGUCUCACCAUCACCUAUCGCAUAUAGAAGCCUGCCAUCCUCCCUUUGCUACGGAGAGAAGCCCACCGUAGCUGCUGCUUUCCCUUGUUCAAAUUCAUUCUUCCCUUUGUCUACAUCUAUAUCACUACCUUCUUCUUGUUGUUUGAAAGCUUUGUACGCAACACCAGAUGCAGGAGUGAGCAGUGAAACAAGUGUAUGGGCAAUGCAAGAUUUCUAUACUUUAAGGAAGGAAGUUGAGGCUACCUCCCAGCGUGUCGAAGACAUUAGGGCUUCUGCUGGUUUGGAGCAAUUAGGAGAAGAACUAGCAAAGUUAGAGACUGCAGCAGCAAGUGAUUCUUUCUGGGAUGAUCGUACAUCAGCUCAACAAACACUUAUGGCUCUCACAGAUGUCAAAGACAAGAUAAAUCUUCUCAAGGACUUUCAAGCCCAGAUUGACGAUGCAGAGACUAUAGUUAACCUUACAGAAGAGAUGGACUCCACUGAUACUGCACUUCUUGAAGAGGCUGCCAACAUUGUAAAAGAACUAAAUAAAGCGUUAGAUAAAUUUGAGCUAAGUCAGCUUCUUUCAGGCCCCUACGACAAGGAAGGUGCUGUUAUCAAUAUAACAGCUGGUGCUGGAGGUACUGAUGCACAGGACUGGGCGGAUAUGCUUCUGAGGAUGUACGUAAGAUGGGGAGAAAGGCAGCGAUACAAAACAAGAGUAGUUGAAAAGUCAAUGGGAGAAGAAGCUGGGAUCAAGUCUGCUACAAUUGAGCUCGAAGGUCGGUAUGCAUUUGGAUAUCUAUCUGGUGAAAAAGGAACACAUCGAAUCGUCAGACAAUCUCCUUUUAAUGCCAAAGGCCUACGUCAGACGAGCUUUUCUGGUGUUGAAGUAAUGCCUCUUCUUCCUGAAGACUCGUUAAAUGUGGAAAUACCCGAGGAAGACCUGCAAAUCGGUUUCUCUAGAGCAGGUGGGAGUGGAGGUCAGAAUGUUAAUAAGGUUGAAACGGCUGUCCGGAUUACACAUAUUCCUACAGGGGUAACGGUCCGUUGCACGGAAGAGAGGUCCCAACUUGCAAACAAGAUCAAAGCCUUGAGCCGUUUGAAAGCGAAGCUGUUGGUGAUAGCGGUAGAGCAACGGGCUUCGGAAAUUAAGCAGAUACGGGGAGACGCGGUAAAAGCGGAUUGGGGACAACAAAUUCGGAACUACGUAUUCCACCCUUACAAGCUCGUGAAAGACGUAAGAACAGGACAUGAAACGACCGAUAUUGUAUCGGUGAUGGAUGGGGAGUUAGAUCCGUUCAUUAAAGCUUACUUACGAUACAAAUACAGCGAAUCCAUGGCGAAUUAGUUGUGUAUAAUAGCAUCAAUUCUCUGUUACGAGUGUUGUUAUGCAGCGAACAAUUUCGUGUAGUACGAGGAGUGGAUGCAGGAGAAGGUGUAAAACAUGAUAUGAUAUAUCAUUGUGUUCGAUUCUUUUCGUCUC